AUGGUGGGGAACCUCCUCAACCCUAUGGUGGCUCUAUCCAAGCCGGUGGAGGAAGGGGAGGUGGACAGGGAGCCCCACCACUUGGCGGCUCGGUCUCCGGGCAGUGACCCUCAGGGGGCUGCUGAAUUGCUAUGGCAGUGUGCUCUCGGCCAAGGACAUCUGGAACAUGGUGGGACCGACCAAGAACGAGGGCCAGAAGAAGUUCCAGAGGGGUUUUCCCCUGGUGCGCUCCAAGGCGGUUGCCGGGCGGCCCGCCGCAAGGACUUCCUUGACCUGCGCCUGAAGGCUAAGUCGUGGAUGGAGGCAAGGGGGUUCGGAGAGCCGAAGUGCCCGGAGGAUUACGCGAUCAUCCUCCGCCGCAUGAGCUUCGAGGAAAGGCUUCGGCUGCGGGCGGAGUACGACCACAGAGUCACGCUGCCCAUCGAUUCCCUCCCGCUUGACCUCAAGGCCUUCUUCUCGGGCAAGCACAAGUGGGCGGUGGCCUUCCAGUACUACCGCUGCACUGGAGGGGCGUGGGUUAAGGCCCCGGACUUCGUGGACAGGCCCAACCGGAGGCAUUGGAUCCACAUGGAAUGUGGCAUGGUCCUCCCGGCCCUGUCAGGCUUCGACUACACCAGGGUUGGGUCUAGCAAGCGCUCCAAGAACCGUUAUGCCUGCACCCUUUGCAGGACCGAAUGGGGCCGGGAUUCGGCGGAAGGCAAGUGGCUCAAGGGCCACGAGAUGCACGGCUGGCUCCUGGAGAUUUUCGAUGGCGAUGUGGUCCUGCAGGCCAUCGUCACGGCUCCACCGCAGGCAGAGCGCGAGAGGUGGAUCCAGGGGCGUAUGCUCUUCUGUCGGAAGUUCGAGGGCACGGCUCCGCUACUUGACGCGGCCCCACACAAGAUGCCGGGGCAGAAUCCCUCCCGCAUCCGUCUGGGCCCUGACGCUUCCACACAGCUGUGGCGUCUGGUCUUCUCGGAGCCCUCCUUGGAAGCUCUCCAAUCUUUGGAUGUCUUGGCUGAUGCGGUCAAGGAAGAGCUUACGGCGGAUGUGGAGAUGAAGCCCUCGGCCCCCUAG